AUAACAAUAUUAAAACACAUGCACAUACAUAUAUGCAAGCAUAAACACAUUAACAGUAAUAACUUCCCAGGAAUACACAAACACACACACACACACACACACACAUCAAACUGAUGAAGCUGUUGCCACAAGUUAUUGAAGCAAGGAUCUGAUGAGGUUUGAGAUUUUGUCUUUGAAUCAAAGAAAAAUGUUUUAACUUCUGUCGUAAAAUAAGAAUAAGAAUAUAAGAAAAACUAAAAAAUAUAAUAAAAUAAAAACUUACCUGUAAUUGUGACAUAGAAGCCUAAAUAUCUGAAGAUGGGGGUGAAACUGUCCAAGGUGCCGCUUGGAGUGAAGGCCCAGGCCAACACGACUGGGAUGAAACUUUAUAAAUUGGUCGAUCUGAAAGGUGGGGGAGAACUUGUGGAAUGCAUGAAAAAUAUGAAGGAUCACAAUGAACUGGACAAAAAAAUCAUUAAGGAUGUGACCCCUUUCCUCUAUAAUGGAGGAUCAGGAAAGAAACUUCACAUCAGUGAGUUUAUCAAAAAGAGAAACGAAGAGAGAGGGGGUAAGAAACCUAUUUCCUCCAAAGAAAACCAAGGCAAAAGAUUUUUACAGAAAAAUAAAACCGAUGAAGAAGUGGCAGAUGACCCAAAAAUGUACCGUCAUGUCUGCUGGAAGUUCGAUGAACUUGGCACCGUGGGUGAGACCAUUCUACAUAUGUGUUUGCUGAACUCAACAUCAACUCAUGCUGACCUAGCAAAGAGGCUUAUUCGACUGUUCCCGGUGCUAAUCAAUGACAUUUACCAAAGUGAAGAAUAUUAUGGUAAACUCUUCUUAUUUUCUUCUUAUCUUCUUUUCUUUCUAUGUCCCAAAAAACUCUACAGACAUGAAGGAAUUCCUGAUGUAAAUCCAGUGGUGUAUACCUCCAUACUGCUGUUGACAUCAG